CAAGCUCUCUCUGCCAGGAAGGGGAUUAAAGAAAACCUAACAUGACGUCUCUCUCUCCAAAUGAUGUUUUGUUUCAGGUGACAGGGACCUGGUCCACACACCCUCGGACGGCUCGGCGUACUUCCUCCAUCAACCGCUGUGAUAUAUAAACCGAGCGCGUCCAACUGCAGCCGGAGUCCUCCUAUAGUUUGGAAGGAGCUACUGGCAAGUCUAGUACUGCUGGAAGGAAGCGUCUCUCUGUCUCUCUCUGUCUUUCUCUUAUCCACUAUUCUAACUAGGACUUUGGAAGAGUGUCGCCUGGCAACACAGACACAAGAUACAGCCGCAAAGUAGAAGAUUAAAUCAAGACUAGGGAUAGCCUACAUCCCGUCGCAUAUUUUAAAGAAGCAAAUAUGAAUGCUCCGCACUUUGCCAUGGACUUUCUGCUGUUGUGCAUAUCCUUCGGAGCAAGUGUAUUGGCAGCCAACUCUCCCACCGUGUCCUCGACGUUGCCAGACACCAAUUUCACCGAUCUUGGCGCAGCGUUCAGCGAUGGAGAAGCAGACAGCGAGAAUAUUCCCCUGACCAGGAGGAAGCGUUAUAUUUCACAAAACGACAUGCUUGCCAUUCUUGAUUACCACAAUAAAGUAAGAGGGAAAGUUUUCCCUCCGGCGUCCAAUAUGGAGUACAUGUCGUGGGACGAGACCCUGUCUAAGUCAGCUGAGGACUGGGCCCACGCGUGUCUGUGGGAGCACGGACCUCGACACCUCCUCAGGUUCCUGGGCCAGAACCUCUCUGUCAGGACUGGACGCUACCGCUCUAUUCUCCAGUUAGUGAAGCCCUGGCAUGAUGAAGUGAAGGACUAUGUGUUCCCUUACCCCCAGGACUGCAACCCCAGGUGCCCCCUUAAAUGCUACGGACCCAUGUGUACACAUUAUACACAGAUGGUUUGGGCCACAACAAACAAAGUCGGCUGUGCUGUACAUACAUGUCACAAUAUGAACGUGUGGGGGAACGUGUGGAAACGGACAACAUACUUAGUGUGCAACUAUUCAUCCAAGGGGAACUGGAUCGGAGAGGCACCCUACAAAGUAGGCGUCCCGUGUUCCGCCUGUCCCCCGAGCUACGGAGGCUCCUGUUCCAACAACAUGUGCUUCCCAGCCCUCAACACAAACUAUCUGCAGUGGUUCAAAUAGAGUCUCUGUCCAGACUGCGUCCCAAAUCACAGCCUAUUCUCUAUGUAGCCCUAUGGGCCCUGGUCUAAAGUAGUGCACUACAUAGGGGAUAGGGGGCCAGCCCUGGUCUAAAGUAGUGCACUACAUAGGGAAUAGGGUGCCAUUUGGGACGAAGACUAACACCAAGCUAACAUCUUGACCCCCCGACCCCAAACACAGAGACUUUCCCCCCUGAAGGAUUUGUACAACAGUCCUGAAAACAUGCUAUUUUUGUAUAUAUAUGGGCUUAUUUACGUUGGAAGGCAGCACAAUUUUUUUAUAUAAUUAUGUGUACAUAGAAUGUAUAUUAAUGUUUUACGUUGUAACUGGAACUUGUGUUUUUAUAUGAUUAUCCUAUGAUGAAUUGGAUUGAUUGAUUGAUAGGGAACGCUGUUUAAUAACAGAUACGGUGCAGAUACUGUUUCAGUAUUACAGUAUUAUAGUUUACCAUUGGCCAUAGGAAGUGGAAGUGGAUACUCAUGGACACACCGCCUCACAAUGGUCCAAUGGAAACAACUGGAGACACCUGAUCAUUUCUGGAGGUUAUUGACACGGCAACGCUAGCAACAACAACAAAAAAGUGAUUGCUAACUAACUGUAAACAAUUUUAGCUGGCUAGCUAAUUAUCUUGGCUAACUUGUGGAGCAAAACAAUUAACUUAUUUAUCAUUAAUUAGCCACUGUAAAUAUAUUUUCUAGAAAAUGCUACGCUGUCUCCUAACCUGCAAGGUGUGUCCAGGGAUGUUUACGUUUGGUAGAUUUAUGACACCUCCACUUCCAGGCGUAGUAUGUGGUUCAGAUGCAUUUUGACGUCUAAGGUAAAGACAAAGUAACACAGUGCUGGCUGCUAAUUUCAAAUCAAUUAAAUGGUGCUGAACACACAGAGCACUAUUCAGCUCUCAAUGGUGCUGAACACACAGAGCACUAUUCAGCUCUCAAUGGUGCUGAACACACAGAGCACUAUUCAGCUCUCAAUGGUGCUGAACACACAGAGCACUAUUCAGCUCUCAAUGGUGCUGAACACACAGAGCACUAUUCAGCUCUCAAUGGUGCUGAACACACAGAGCACUAUUCAGCUCUCAAUGGUGCUAAACACACAGAGCACUAUUCAGCUCUCAAUGGUGCUAAAAACACAGAGCACUAUACAUUCCACACAUCAUUCUCUAGCAUUUUAUACAGUAGGUUCAACCACGACAGAUUGGACUACCAAUGUGUUUGGGCGUAUGGCAUGAUACUGUUGGCAUACUGUGUUCAGUAGACAUCUUCAUGUCUUCCUUAAUAAGUGUUUACCAACUGUAUGUAUAUAGAUAAACCCUCACACUCUGACUAUUAAUAUCCUUAUACUACAUUCAUACUGAAAGUUAUUCUUUUUAUACGGCAUAAGUAUUUCAUUGAAGGAGGUUUUUUUUUUUGUAAAAAUGAACUGUAAAUAAAUAUGUAAAGGAAUUAUG